AUAAGGCACAGAAUUUCCUCAGGUUGACUCGUGAUUGGCUCCGAGUCGUGGGGACUGAGGUGUUUGUUCCUCGUCUAGUAGUUAGGGUUCGGACUAGAUGCAAUGAAGGGUACGAGACGGUAUCGAGUUUACCUGUGCUUCCUGUUGAUUUCCAAGUCGAUGUUCUCAAUAGUUAGUUGUCAACGGUUAAACAUCACACCCGAAUUUAAGACUGAUGACUCGGAGAGUAGCCGUUAUAUUUUGGCUAGAUUCUUCACUACUCGCACGGUAUGCCAGUCGUCGUGGUGGGCGUUUUAUAAUAGCCUAGAGGAUGUGAAGCAUUAUCAGCUGCGCACCAAUCAACAUCGGUCUAAGGGUUACUAUUGUUAUAUCUUGAUAAAUAUGAUAGCCAUGCCGCCUUUCAGCCUGAAGGAGCACAAAUCAGGCUGAGGACGACGACAAGUUUCAUUCUUACAUUCAUGGGAACUGAACGGAUUGUAAUGGGAUAUUGAUGAGCGAGCAAGUGAUUCAUGCUGUCGUAGCGAUUGUUGGUUCAUGUGCGUGAUGCAGUACUGUGCUACUAGUACAUAGUAAUA